GUCGUACUUUUCCUAACCGCAGCGCAUACAUAGAACUACACUUCCCACAAAGCAAACGCACGAGUCUUCCACACGAAGUCAGAGCACCAAUUCCCUCCAUCCGUUCCUCCAUCCUCUCUAUAAUUAUCCAUCUGCAAGGCCGUGGGAAGUCUGCAAGGUUGAAGGCCUGAGUCAGUGGAACAUGUCGAACCUGCGCUUUGGACAGCAUCUCAUCAAAGCCUCGGCUGUGUUCCUGCAGACAGAGCUGUCCUUUGCUCUGGUCAACAGGAAGCCUGUGGUGCCUGGACAUGUGUUGGUGUGCCCUCUGAGACCAGUGGAGCGUUUUCGGGAUCUUCGGCCAGAUGAAGUGGCAGAUUUAUUCAGCACCACUCAGAGAGUCGCCAACCUGGUGGAGAAGCACUUCAAUGCCACCUCGCUCACCAUUGCCAUCCAGGAUGGCCCUGAAGCUGGACAAACCGUGAAGCAUGUCCACGUCCAUGUGCUGCCCAGGAAGGUGGGGGACUUUGAGCGGAAUGACAGCGUAUAUGAUGAGGUGUCCUGUGACCGUAACCUGAUGUGACUUGAUGGCGUGCGAUGUCCAGGUGAUAAAACUCCUGGCACACCGUUAUUCUCGCUCUCUCCUCUCUCUUCCCUCUCUUACUCUCUCGCCCACACGGGGUGAUAAGUUUUGGACCUGUGUGCUGCCCAGCCCACCACCGACGCACAACAAAAUAUCAAAGAGCUUGCCUUUUCCUGCGAUCCCUGGUCAGCGCACUGUUAAUGGGAAUCAUCAUCUGCAGCUUUAAGGAGAAAGUCUGCCAGCUGACUUUACCAGAACAAUGCAGAGUUAAGGCUGAGUUGUUAAUUCUGCAGAGCCACGCCUUUCUUCCUGCAACCUGCACCAGCGGACAUCGCACAGCAGAGACUGUUUUGACUUCAUAAACAUAACUCUUUCCAGCCUGGCUCAAAGGACCACCAGCCGAUCCAUGCAGCUCACCGGCAACUCUUCUUCUUCCCUCCUUUGGACCAUUGGUAAAGUACUGGGCAUAGACAAAUAACUAACAGAGUUAACUGCUAAGUAAGGAUUGUUUAAUUACUGUUAAUGUUACUGUACUGACGUGUUUUAUUCAGAUUAUGUUAUUGUGUUGUUGAUCUGAUUAAGGCAGGUUACUGUAGUAACUGUAGUCUUUCAGACAGUGCUAAGGCAAUGUAGUUUAAUGUUAUGCUUCACACAGACACCAUCUUUGAACCGUUAAUCUAAACACACACACACACACACACACACACACACACACACAUUCGGCCUAAAUCUAAGCACACACGUGCUUCAUACUCAGCUGAAACAUCUGGUCAGAGGACAAAGACACACACCUUUUCUGGCGUGCAACCCGCCAUGUGCAUACACAUAGACACACACACACACAACUUUUUCCUCUUAUUUAGUCUUAUAUAGUGUGUAUUUUCCUCUGUUUUUCUUUAUUAUCCCUUUUAAUAAAUGCUUGUGUUUAUACAAGAGU